AUGUCAAUAGUUACGCCUCAAAGGAGAUCAAAAGACGAUAUGAGUCUUCCACAGAGACAACUGGUUCAACUACCAGAAUCAGGGAAGACGUCAAGAUCACCAUCCCCAAUUAAGAAUAGAUAUAGCUUACCAAUUUUACCAAAAGUUGAUGAUGAUAUUAGAUCUGUGGUUUCUUCAUCGAAUGAAUUGACUAGAGAACAAUUAAAACAGGCUGCCAGAUCUCCAAUGGCUAAAAAAUUACAUGUUAUUUCUAAUAAUCCCAAUUCUCCAGGAAGUCCAAAUAAGUAUAUUAUCCCAGUUCCAUUUACAUUGAAAUUACCACCGAAAUUAAGUUCUGUUAAUACAUCUAGAGAAAAUUCUGCUGUUUCAUCAGCAAAAUCGACCCCUCAAAAUAGUAGAGCAGGAUCACCAGUUAGAACUAUAGCUUCGGAUAAUUCUGUUAAACAUUCAAAAUUUAAACAAAGUAAAUUGGUUUAUACUGGUCAUGGUUAUGAAAAAGUUGAUUCAUCACUGGAAUCCGAAGGAGAAAUUGAAGAUCAACUUUUCUCUAUUUCUUCCAAAUAUCAAGAUGAAUUAAACAAACAGAUUGCAUUAUCAAAAAGAUCUGUUCCUCUUCCAUUAUCAUCUAGUAAUAAUAAAAUGAAUAAAUUUGCAAGAAAUACUGAUGAAUUAAGUAUUAUUGAAGAAGUAUCAAUCAAUGAAUCUAGAAGAUCAAGUGUAUUAAGUAAACUAAUGUCAGUACAAAAAGAAGAUAAUGAAAAGAAGGAAGAAGUACAACCAACUAAAUUAGAAGUUCCUGUUCCUAUUAAACCCGUGGUCAUGCGUUCUGAACCACUCGUCGUUCCAAUUAAAAUUUCAGAGAAGAAAGAGAAUACUAACUCCGAUAAACAACUUCCUAAUAUUCCCCAAUCAUUGACAAAGACAAAUACUAUUAUAAAGAUAACACCUAACGGGAAAACAGUCACCCCUCCUAAAAUUGAAGUCAAAAAACAUAAAUAUAAUAAGUCAUUACCAGAUAUUCCAACAAUUAGAAGUAUAUCAACUGAUGCAGAGCAACCACAUCCAAUCCCAAAAUCCAAUCGAGAAAGUAAUCUUAAAUUGUUGUCCAAACCUAAUAUUCAUAAUGGCGAAUUAAAAAUUCAUAAAAGAAGUUUCAGUGAUGAAUCUCUAACAUCAAGUGUCAGUUCAUUUAGUUCAGUAGGUGAUUUUAUGCAUUUGGCUAGAGUGCAAGCAAUGUCUCCACCAACUGAAAAGGUCCGUUAUAUGAAUUUACAAAAUCCACGAAGAAAUCCACCACAACAGCAACCACCACCACCACAACAACAACAACAACAAAAAUCACAAUUGAGAAUCCUUCCCUCUGGAGUUGCUGCUGCUACUACUACUAAUCAAUCGAAUAAGAAACCUGAACCAGUAAGGAUAAUGCAAAAACAAGAAAUUGGAAAAAUUCCACAAGAGAAGAAAUUAUUUGUACAACCUCCUAGUAUUUCUGUUGAUAGACAAGUAUCUACGUCAAGUACAUCAUCUAUGGAGUCUCUGGGUACUUCAAGUAGUUGGGAUUCUAUUCAAAAAUCAAUUGAUAUCACGUAUUCUAAACACGACAAUGAUGAAACAAAUGAAACCAUCAAGCCAAAGAAACUUGAAGAUGAUGAAAGUUCUUGGUUAGAUACUAGUGAUGGUUCUGAUGAUGAAGUAGAACAAGAAGAGGAAAAUGAAGAUGAGGAAGAAGAAAAAAGUGAAGAAAUUAAACCUUUAAAUAUUAGUAGACAAGGAACUAAAUCCACAGUGGAUGAGAUAAAAUUUGUUGUUCCAGAUAAUGAUGGUCCAGGUAUAUCAUUCCAAUUCCCUAAUAAUGAUACUAAUAUAACUAAUAGUAAAGAAGCUAAAUCUAGAGUUAUUAAUGAAGUUAAUAGAAAAUCAAGAUACAGUUUCUAUUCAAAUGAUGGACAUAUACAAAUUCCCGAUUUAUCGGAUAAGAGAGUCAUUGAUGAAUAUUCUGAAAAAACCCCAUCAUCAUAUAAUGGUACAACAUUUUCAGAAAUUCGAACAGAAACUUCAGUUUCUGAUUGUGAUGAAGAAUCAGAAAUCAAUCAUUUGAAAAUUGGAGUACCUGGAAAAGAAGCUUUAAAACAUUUGAAAACACAAUAUGAUUUAAUUGGAGGAAGUGAAUCAGAUGUUGAAUUUACAACUAAAUUAAACUCAAUGUAUCAACCAUCAAAAGAUUUCCCACCACCUAUUUCUCAACCAGAAUUACAAUGUAAUAUUUUAUUACCUGGAAGACAUUCACCAUCAAAACAUACAAGACGUAAAUCAAUGUUUAAUAUUGAUUUUGAUAUUAGUAAACUUACGAAGAGUUUCACUGGUCAUUCAAGAAAUAAAUCUGUUGAUUUAUUAAGUGAAAUAUCUACAUUUGGUAAAGAACAAGUCAGAGUUAAAUCACCAACUCCAGAAAAAUCAACUUCUAUGGAACUUAACACCACGGUAAGUAAAUCAUCUUCAGAAGAAUCAAUUAAGCCAUUAUCACCACAUAAGAAUACCAAACUUGAAGAACAAAAAGAAAAUAAUAAAGUGGAAGAAGAGGAAGAAGAAGAAUUAUUGAAUAUUAAAGUUGCUGAACCACCAAAAAUUGUUAAUUAUGAAGUUGAUUUCAAAGAAUCCAACUCAAAAGGUGAAGAAGAAUUUGGAUCUCCUUUUGUUACACCAAGAAUAAUUUCAAAAUCCGUAGAAAGACUAUUAAAAGUGAAUCCAAAAGGUGAAAAAGGAAGAAAACCAUCCAACCCAACAUCAAGAAAAGUAUCACCAUACGUUAAAGAUGAUGAAGAAACUGAAAGUGUUAUUAUUGAUUUAACAAAAGAUAAAUAUGAAGUUGUUUGUAUGAUUGAUAGAAGUGGAUCAACUAGAUCUUAUAAAUCAACUACAGAAACAAUCAAUGGAAAAGAUGUCGAAGUUGUCUUAGUCGAUGAUGAUGAUGAUGAACAAGAAGAUGAUGAAGAAGAUGACGAUAAAGGUAGUUCAUAUGAUGAAUUGUUGAGUAUUUAUUCAAAAUACAGAAAUGAUACUUGGUUAUUUAAAAACAAUUCAACUAUUAAAUCAAGAAAUUCAUUAAAUGGUAAUCGUUCAAAUUCAAUUAUUCAUCAUAAAAAAAUUCCAAUAACUAAUGCAAUUACUAAAGAAUUAAAAUUUAAAAGAUCAAGUAAUUCAAUGACAUCUUCAACAACGUCAUCAUCAUCAGUUAAUUAUCAAUCAAAUAGAAUAAAUCAUCCUAGUAAUACUUCAUCAUCAUUACAACCAAAGAGUGAAACUAGAAUUAAAGCUAUAAGACAUCAAAGUAUGCCUCUUUUAGAUUCAAAUUAUUUUGAUUAUGCUUCUAAUGAAAAUUAUGAUUUUCAUACAUUUAUCCAACAACGAAAAUUAAGUGAAGAAAAUAAUAUAUAG